GAGGAUGGCGGCGACGGUGGUGAGCGACCCUCUGGAGGAGCUUUGGAACCACACGAUGUCGGCGGACAGGUCGCACCUGCUGUGCUUCUACCCGAGCAAGAUCACCAUGAGCGGCAUCUGGUUGGGCGACAGCCCGCUCGACUUCUCCCUCCCGCUCCUUCUCUUCCAGAUCCUCGUCGUCACCUCCACCACCCGCGCCGCCGCCCUCAUCCUCUCCCCGCUCGGCCUCCCGAGCUACAUAGCCGAGAUCCUCGCCGGCUUCCUCCUCGGCCCCUCCGUGCUCGGCCGCCUCCCGCACUUCUCCAACAUCGUCUUCCCCACGCGCAGCCUCUUCGUCCUCGACUCCAUGUCCCUCCUCGGCCUCAUCUACUACACUUUCACCAUCGGCGUCGAGAUCGAGCUCCACACCGUCCUCAGCGCCGGACCACGCAGCUUCUGGUUCGCCGCCGCGUCAGCGCUCCCGCCCUUCCUCGUCGGCGCCACCACGGGGUACAUCGCGCUCAGCACCGACGACUCCCGGAAAACAAAGGGCCAGUUCCUCAACAGCCUCUCCUUCCCAAUCUUCCUCGGCGCCACCUUCUGCUCCACCGCUUUCUCCGUGCUCGCGCGCAACAUCGCCGAGCUCAAGCUCGCCGGCACCGACGUCGGCCAGCUCUCCAUCUCCGCCUCGCUCAUCAACGACACUUUCGCCUGGGCCGGGCUCACCGUCGCCACGGCGCUCGCGCACGUGCGCUACGGCCUGCUCCCGUCCGUCUGGACGCUCGUGUCGGGCCUCCUCAUCUUCGCCGCGAGCUACCUUCUCGUCCGGCCCAUGUUCGUGCGGCUGGCGCGUCGCGCGGCCGAAGGAGCGGUGGUCAGCGAGGUGCAGGAGUGCUCGGUGCUCAUCGGCGUCAUGGUCGCCGCGCUCGUGGCGGACGCUGGGGGCACGCACGCGAUAUUCGGCGCGUUCGUGUUCGGCCUCGCCGUGCCCAACGGGCCGAUCGGCGUGGCACUGGUGGAGAAGGUGGAGGACUUCGUGGUCGGGACGCUACUGCCGCUCUUCUUCGCGAUGAGCGGCCUCCGCACGGACACCGCCAAGGUCACCAACACGCACGCGGCGGUGCUGUUGAUGGUGGCUGCACUGGCUGCAGCGAUCCUGAAGGUGGUCGCCGCUGUCGGCGUGGCCAGGGCGUCCGGCAUGCCUCUUCAUGACGGCACAUCCAUAGGGCUGCUGCUCAACACCAAGGGCGUCAUCGAGCUCGUCAUCCUCAACAUUGCAAGGAACAAAAGGAUCAUGAGCGACCAGUCGUUCACGGUGCUGGUGUUCAUGUCGGCGCUGAUCACCGCGCUGGUGACCCCGCUCCUGGCCAUGGUGGUCAAGCCGGCACGCCGCCUCGUCUUCUACAAGCGCCGGACCAUCGCGUGGCCGCAGCCAGACGCGGAGCUCCGUAUCCUCGCCUGCGUCCACGUGCCCCGCGACGUCCCCGCGCUCCUCACGCUCCUCGACGUCGCCUCGCCCUCCAACCGCUCGCCUGUCGCCGUCCACGCUCUGCACCUCAUCGAGUUUGCCGGCCGUUCCUCCGCCCUCCUCCUCAUCAACGCCUCCGCGCCAACGUCUUCGUUUUCUUCCCCUGAGAGCUCGGCGCAUGGCCGCAGCCAGGUGGAGAUGCAGUUCAAGCACAUCGCCCACGCCUUCAUGGCGUACGAGGAGAAUGUGGUGGGCGCCUCGGCGCGCACGUUCGCUGCCGUCUCGCCGUACGCGUCCAUGCAUGACGACGUCGCCGCUGCCGCCGAGGACCAGCACUCGGCGCUGAUCCUGCUACCCUUCCACAAGAACCGGUCGGUGGACGGCGGCAUGGAGGUGUUCCACCCAGCGAUCCAGUCGCUGAACACCAACGUGCAGCGCUUCUCGCCGUGCACGGUGGGCAUCCUCGUGGACCGCGGCCUGGGCAGCGUGCCCGGGGUCGGGUGCCGCGUGGCGGCGCUCUUCUUCGGCGGGCGCGACGACCGCGAGGUGGUGGCCCUGGCGACCCGCAUGGCACAUAACCCAGGCAUCGACCUGACGGUGCUCCGGUUCGUCCAGAAGGGCGGGAGCUUCACGGCGAGCGAGUUCGACACGCUGAAGGAGCGCAAGGCCGACGACGGGUGCCUGCGGGAGUUUUUGGACCGGGCCAACAGCGUGGGCAGCGGCAGCGGCGCGACGGUGGAGUACCGGGAGCGGGGCGUGUUCAACGCGAGCGAGAUGGUGGCGCAAAUACGGGAGGUGGAGGCGUCGGGGAAGGACCUGCUGGUGGUGGGGAAGGUGCCGGGGUUGUCGGCGCUGACGGCGGGGAUGGCGGAGUGGAGCGAGUGCCCUGAGCUGGGGCCGAUCGGGGACCUGCUGGCGUCGAGGGACUUCCAGACGACGGCGUCGGUACUGGUGGUGCAGUCGUACGAGAGGCCAGUGGUGGGAGGGGUGUCAGCGGAGCUGGGCCUGGGCGGCGACAGCCUGCCCGCGGCUGCAAGGCCGCCACGGCGAGGUCGGUAG